GGCUGGAUUCCUGGCUGGACUGCUCCCUGGACAAAUCACGUCUGUCCGUCUGAGUGCGCGCGCACCUCAGCCCUGCUUUUUUGAUACAAAGUCCUCAAAAGCGGCUCCCUCUCCAAGAUCACCGGGUGUCAGCUGUCCAGAGGUGGGGAAAGCGUCAGACUUGGCCAACUGAGGCUGGGCUGGACCCCUAUUGUGGAACAGUUGUCGAACGCAAUCCGUCUACACCACCUUGUGUCACUACCUACCACCAUGGGUUUGGAGCUCUACCUGGACCUGCUGUCGCAGCCCAGCCGCGCGGUCUACAUCUUCGCCAAGAAGAAUGGCAUCCCCUUUCAGUUGCGUACCGUGGAUUUACUCAAAGGGCAGCACUUGAGCGAGCAAUUCUCCCAGGUGAACUGCUUAAAGAAAGUGCCUGUCCUCAAAGACGGAAGUUUCGUGUUGACCGAAAGCACUGCCAUCUUGAUUUACCUGAGUUCCAAGUACCAGGUGGCAGACCACUGGUACCCGGCCGACCUACAGGCCCGUGCCCAAGUCCACGAAUACCUGGGUUGGCAUGCCGACAACAUCCGUGGCACCUUUGGAGUGCUCCUGUGGACCAAGGUGUUGGGGCCACUCAUUGGGGUCCAGGUUCCCGAGGAAAAGGUGGAACGGAACAGAAAUAGUAUGGUCUUGGCUCUGCAACGUCUGGAGGACAAGUUCCUCAGGGACAGGGCCUUCAUUGCUGGCCAGCAGGUGACGCUAGCGGAUCUCAUGUCUCUGGAGGAGUUGAUACAGCCCGUGGCUCUUGGCUGUAACCUGUUUGAGGGACGGCCUCAACUGACAGCGUGGCGAGAGAGGGUGGAGGCGUUCUUGGGUGCUGAGCUGUGUCAGGAGGCGCAUAGCCCCAUCCUGAGCGUCCUGGGACAGGCAGCCAAGAAAACAUUACCAGUACCCCCUCCGGAGGCCCAUGCCAGCAUGAUGCUUCGAAUUGCCAGGAUUCCCUGAGUGGUUUUUUUUCCCUGAGUAUUUUUAUUGCUAUAAAGACUCAUUUUGUAUUUUG